AUGACUCCAAGGUUCCUCACAGCGCCAGUGCAUGCAGGUGCAAGGGCACCUAAACUAGAUACCACAGCAGCAGAGUCGAUUCGUUUCAGUUUCACUGUACCAGAUGAUGACCAAGUCGUCCCACUGGACAUGGCUGAAGAUUCAGUUGAUGACAUGUACUUUGGCUGCAAUAAAGAAAUGAUGGAAUUAGUGGAACGUAAAUACUUUAAAGAAGAGUCUAAGGAAUUGUUUGCAAAUAAGUGGGAAGACGCAAAAGACUGUGUAAAACAGAAACUAGGACAGAGAACGGAUCCUGAUCUAACUGAACUUCACCUGACAGCAAUCUGUCUUUACACAUCCAACAAUGUGUACACAACCUUCAACAAGGCAGUCAGGACACAGAGGAAUGAGUAUACAUCCUCAUUUCAGUUUCACUCUUUACAUUACUUGUUGACAUCAGCCAUACAGAUCUUGAAAAAAAAACCCUGUCUCACUACUUAUAGACGAACCAAAGUUAGAUUUGCUGGCAAUGUAAACCAAAUAAUUAGAUUUGGUUCCUUUGCCUCCAGCUCUUUAGAAACAACCCUGACACACUUUGGUAAAGCGAGCUGCUUUCAAAUUAAGACCUGUUUUGGUGCUUAUUUGAAACAUUAUUCUAUUUUUGGUACUGAAGAAGAAGUGCUCAUCCCCCCAUAUGAGACGUUUAAAAUAACUGAGAUAAUUAGAGGGAAGAAUAACAUUGAAGGUCUGAGUGAUUGUAAAGUUGUCUAUAUCUUGGAGCAUGAAGGGACUAAGAGCCAGCUGAACUGCAAAGUUGUAUACAAUACAAGUCCAGUGGUUAUUGUCCAAGUAGGAAGCCUUGUUCUUCCAUUUCUCAAUAUUCUUAACUGCUUAUCACAACUCAUUAAAUGA